AUGAACGCCAGCCAGCAGAAUGCGACCAGGUCUGGCCGCCGCAACGCAGAGCGCCGCGCUCGGAAGAACACUCUUCAUCCGCAACCCCUGAGAAAGUGGUCCUCAAACCGAUAUCUGCGCGCUUUGUUUGAUCUUUACGAUUGGGUCUGCGGAAACUCCUCUGAGGAGUCUCCCGAGAUAUUGAUCUACGUAUCGAACAUUCCCCACACGUUCAUCAACAUCAAAGACAUUCUCACUGUGUCACUGAAUGAGCCUGUGAGUAUCGUCGCUUUCGCCAACCCGGUAAAUCCACUUCCACCGGGCUGGGCUCUAGUAUUGCUUUCGCCUCGUUCAUUUCUGCCUGGUCUUCGUGAGAUUUUGGGUGAGGGCGGAGCGGAAUGGUUGGUCUCAGUGACUACCAAGGCGCGCGUCAACUUUGAGGUCAUGAUUGAGUUUGCGGAUGAGCGCGCAAAGGAUUUUGGACUUAUGUAGGGGAUCAGGACGGCUGUUUCUCAAGAAAAGUUUAGUAAUUCCAUGCCAACCUUUAGAGCAAUGCUGACCGUUCACAGAGGGUCUGUUAAUGCAACCUCGCCAUCACAGGCCCUAGGGCAAUUGGUACAGCACCAGACCUAUGGGUGUUGAACACGACACUCUCGGGACAUGAGUGAAAACAUUUCCGAGGGAGUUCGGAACUCUAUGGAGGACGAGAAGACUUGCGAAAGUGGACCUCGCGAAUCUGCCUAUCGCCAGCCAACCUUUGUAACAAGACACUGGAGACCAUAGCAUACCCCG